AUGGGCAUUGAAGUUAUAAGCAUACUUGUAGGGGGAGGAAACAACUACAUGCAUCUAUUCUACGACGAUGAUGCUGCAUUCUGUGUGGAUGCAAGCAACCCAAGGAUACUUCUGAAGGCCCUAGGGAUCAACUUCAAGAAGAGUAUCUAUGACGAAAAGGAGAUUUUCUCUAUGGGGGAGGACCGGAAGAAGAGAAGAGAGCUUGUUUACCUGUUCACCACGCACAAGCACCUGGACCACUCUGCGGGGAUUCGAUGUAUAUCAGAGGAAAGCCCAAACACCAAGACGAUAUCCGGGUUUUCGGGAGACAUAUGCAAGUCCGGGGACAAGUUCCGCUUCAAAGAUGUGGAGAUAGAGUGUUUCCACACGCCCUGCCAUACAGUGGACAGCUUCUGCUUCUAUGUUGGCGAGAAAUACCUUGCUACGGGAGACACCUUACUCUUCCUCGGAUGCGGAAAGUUCUUCGGAGGAACUCCUGGACAAAUGAUCAAAAACAUUGAAGAGAUAAAGAAAAGGGUAAACCAUGAUGCUGUGCUACUAUAUGGGCAUGACUAUAGCGAGCAGAACAUCCGCUUUACUGAGGAGUUUUACCAUGUGCCCGAGGAGAUAAAGAAGAAGAAGUUCCUGAAGUUGGCGGAGGAAAUCAAGUACAACCCAUUCUUUAACCUGAAGAAGGUUUCCAUAGAGGGCUCGGAAGAAGAGGUAAUGGGGAAACUCCGGGAGAGGAAGAACAAGUUUAGUAAGGAAUGA